UGCAUCACAAAGUAUCCGAAAGUUGAAACACAGUUUGCUACAUUGUAACAGUUACCACGCGAAGCUUUGUUGAUUUACAUUUUGUGAUUGUGCUACUGAAGCACUGAAAGGGAGGUGAGCAUGCAAUACGCGCCAAAUAGAACUCAAGUUGAUGCCCCGCAGCAAGCUACACGUUGAUUGGCUCUCAGCAUUCUGGUGUCAGCCACUGGGGCACUAGGUAGCCCGCGCUGGUGUGGCAUAAUAGGACAUGCCUGGACACAAGUGAGCAUUUGGAUAUUCAGACGAACUCUAAACAUCUAUUACAAAAAUGAGCGGCAGAGGCAAAACCGGCGGCAAGGCCAGAGCAAAGGCCAAGACACGUUCAUCCAGGGCUGGACUGCAGUUCCCCGUCGGUCGUGUGCAUAGGCUGCUGCGCAAAGGCAACUAUGCUCAACGUGUCGGCGCUGGGGCACCGGUCUACUUGGCUGCCGUGCUCGAGUACCUGACCGCUGAGAUCCUGGAGUUGGCCGGCAACGCUGCCCGUGACAAUAAGAAGACCCGUAUCAUUCCCCGCCAUCUGCAGCUAGCUGUGCGUAACGACGAGGAGUUGAAUAAGCUGCUCGGCGGAGUGACCAUCGCUCAGGGUGGUGUGUUGCCUAACAUUCAGGCUGUUCUGCUGCCCAAGAAGACUGAGAAGUCCAAGUAA